CGCGAGAGCGCGCGCCGCGCGCCCGUCCAGCGCCAUGGAGAGCUACUGGGACGAGCCCGAGGGCGAGCAGUGCCCGCGCCGCACCUGGCUCACCACCCGCCUCGGCGCCGCGCUGGGCCUGGUCGGCUCGGCCUAUCGCAUUAUCCUGUUCCAGCCCAGCUCGGCCCUUGCUGCCGCGCAGAUGGCGGCCACGGACAGCGUUACGAUGGCUACCCUAGGGGCAGUGUUUGGCGUGACUACCUGCCUCAGCGCUCAGAUCCGAGAGGAACCAGAGGAUCCUUUGAAUUAUUUCAUAGGAGGCUGUGCAACAGGAGCUAUCUUAGGUGCAAGAGCCCACAGUUACAUGACCGGAACCACUGCAUGUUUAGGUUUUGGAAUUACAGCUGCUUUAAUGAAGAUAGGUAAAAAGGAGGGCUGGAGGCUGACAGGACCUCCCAAGCUGUAAAGGUAGCGUUUCUUCCCUCCAAGUUACCUAUUAAAUGUUCUGUGUAAUAAGAUAUUGUAAUAAAGAUAUGAUCAAAUCAA